AACAGGACUACUCGAUGUUGUUGCUUCAAACCAGGACCAUAUAUAAUACUCCGUAGGCGUAUAUAUACCAAACAUCGAACUGUUCAACAGCAGCUGCCUGUCGUUUCCUCUUUCGCGAUAACUUUCAAACCCCAUCGUAAUCCUCCACAGAUCGCCCAAUUCGAACCCCUCUGAUUGCUUUUCUGAGCAAAAUCUCACAUACCCACCUGUUGAUUCCUCUUCAAAGCCUUUUAUCUUCGAUUUUCCGUACAAAACCUAGUUGUUUUGAGACCAAAACUGCUUGUUUUGGGAAUUGGGUUUGAGGAUUUUGGUUUGAUUGGGAAAAUCCAUCUGUGGUUUUAUUGGUUUGGGUCUGAUUCAGUUCAACAAAUUUGAUUGCUACGUGGGUUUGUUCGGAACUUUUCUGGGUUAUUUAUUUUGGGUUGAAAUCAUCUUGGAUUUUUGGUUAGUGGUGUUGUAGUCCUGAUGAUGGAUAGUGGGAGAAGGCGAAGGAGUGAUAAUUAUAACCAGGAAGUUGCAAGAGCAAGAUCGCAUGACAGAAAGCCACCCCUUGGUAAUUGGCAGCAAAGUGUGCCUUCAUGGGAAAGGAGUCCUUCAGGUAAUCGGCAGCAAACUGUGCCUUCAUGGGAACGGAAAUUUUGCACUGUGGUUGGUUCACUCCCAUGGAGAAAUAUCUUAGACGCCAAGAAGUUUAUACACCUAUACGACAAUGUGCUGAAAUGGAAUGACUCUGCUGGUGAAGAGGCAUUCAUCAAUGCUAAGAACCGGUUCUGGGCACACAUAAAUGGCCUUCCCUGUCAAAUACCAUCCCCUGAUCCAGAUAUUUAUAAUGAUAAGAUAGAUUGGAAUGCCAACGUCGAUCCUCAGCUUAUAUUGGACUUAGAAUCCGAGCCUAUUGCACCGGAAAACCAAGAAAAGGCCGAACCGGUCGUGAUUAUGGGUGGACUCUUCUCUGAUAACUUAUACUCUCCAUCCGGGUGGGGUGAUGCUGAAGAUGAUAUGAAAAAGACCGGUUUUCCUUCAGAAAAUAAGGAAAAUCCAUGGGAGUCCGACUCCGCUCAGGUUAAUGAAUCUGUUAGACAGAAUGGAUGGGGAGAUGUCUGUAAUGAUUCGUGGUGUGCAAAUCAAGAUACCGGAGUGGCGAAAAAUACUGGUUGGGAAGAUGGUUGGAAUCAAUGGGAGAAUAAAAACCAUGAGUCUAAUAAUUCGAAAUAUGGAACAAAUUCCGGAGUUUGGCAACCGUGGGACCACGGGAAUCAAGAAAACACUGGUGGGUGCAUGUCAAGGUAUAAAACCUCGAGGUUUCGUGGCGAUGACAAACCUACAAACAGGGAAUGGAGGAACGGAAAGGGAAGAAAGAGUGUGAAUUUCGUUUGUGAACUUCCUUAUGUGGAUAAUAGACAGCGGAACUUGAUGAAUUCAUGCACCCCAAUCAGGCAUAACGGAUCUGCCAAACGAGGACAUCAGUGGAGGUGGGAGAAACCAGUUUCUUGAAUGUGAAGGUGAAUAAUAUUGCUCCAUUUGGUUCAUUCUUAAGUAUAUAUUGGUCUGCAUCUUUCUGAAAAAUGGUGUGUACACCAAUUAGGUGGUGUCUGUGUUUUUUUUUGGUAGUAGUUAGUAAUAAGUAGUGUUUGUUGCUCCCAAAAAAAAAAAAAGUAGUGUUUGGCUGAGAAAUUUUCCUCUGAAAUUUUGAACAUGUUUUGCUCUAUUGGGGGAGGAUGUUUUGUAAUAUUAGGAGUGCAGAGUCAUAUUUUGCAAGUAGGUUGAGAAUAAGAAUUGUUGUUUAUAUUAUGAACCUUACCUGCUGGGUUUGGUUUUAUAAAGGAGGGUUUUGUAUUCUGGUCCCUGGGAUUACUUAAUAUAGUAGUAGUAAUUUCUAUUGUUUUGUGAAGAA